AUGUUGUACCGGUACAGCAAUUUGAGUAGUAAAUCAUCAAAUGGAAUGGCCUACCUUUGGCUGUUCAUGCUUCCACUCUGCUGGCAAUGCCAACAAUUGGUGUGCCAGGCAGAGACGGCAACUCAUGUUAGUAUACAUAAUGCACAACAACAUCUGCAACAAUUACAACGAUCCCUGCGAGUCUCCCAAGACGAAAAUGACCAAGGAUUGGAAUACAAGAUUCCCAAAUUUAGCAUUCUAUUGGAGCCAACCCCUCAUGAGAUUACGGACGACAUGGUCGCUUCUGUAUUAAGUCCAAUCUUGGAGGAGACCUUGUUUGAUUCCUUGGGGGGAGUCCAGACACAAUCGAAUCGUUUGCUCUUGGCACAAGCGUACGUGGAAGAGCAGCAAUAUGAGAACGACGGGGAGAAUACCAAUACCAAUACCAAUACCAAUACUAAUAAUACAACCUUGAUCAUUGUCAAGGGCGGCCUGGUCAAUUUCAAACGCACACCACCCUUGGAAAAGGUACCAGAAGUGAUUGAAGAUGGAAUCAAUUUCAAGUUGGUCAAUAAUCUACCCAAGGAUUCCAUCUUUUUUGGCUCCAUUGAACGGGCCACCUUUGUGGGAUUUUUCGAGCCACAGCAGCCACUGGUACCAGACGACAGCAACAACAACAACAACAACAUCAACAACGAUGACCCACCACAAAACAAUCCUCCAGGAUUGAUUUCUACGGUGUCACCAUCCAAUAGUCCAGCAACAGUGUCUAACAACAAGAGUAACAAUCUUGAAGAACAAGUAGAUGGUAAUGACAAUGACGAACAUGACGACUUGACCGAAUGGAUGAUCAAGAUUGUUGGGGGAACCAUUGCCAUUUUACUUGGAUUUGGUCUCCUGUUCCUUGCUCAAAAACAACGCAGCAAACGACAACACGAAGAAUCACAAGCCCUCAAGAAUAUGAGUUUUGAAACGGCCCAAUUAGAAGGUUUGGAUAUGGACGACGACGAAGAAGAUGACGCCAAGAGCAUGGCCACUACCGAAACUCAAAAUCAUCAAUAUUUGGCCAAGUCCCAAUACUUGGCAUCGGAAGAAACCUUUGAACGCAAUUCCAAAUUGGCCGUCAAGAAGGAUAUGCUCGAAAGUGAAUGGUCCACUUACAAUCCCAAUGCCAGAGCAGCAGCAGCAGCAGCAACGAAUGUGGCAACAAGUAGUAGUAGUACUAGCGGUAGUACAGAAUUUGAAGCGGGCAGCAGUACCACCACUACUACUACUACCACCAAUUCUCAAAGAAGUUUGGUAUGA